UGGGGACUGCGCACGCGCACAGCUGGUCGCGUCACUCGGUGUGUGCUAGUGAAGUGCCAAGUUUGGGUACCGUCUUUUUCUCUCCCGCUGGCGGCUGAUCCGUUGGUGUCUGGCCCCCGCCCCUGACACAGGACCAUGGCGGACCCGCGCCUCAGGCAGAUCAAAAUUAAGAUGGGCGUGGUGAGGCGGUGAGUGCUCGGGUGCGGCCUUCCCGGCCGGAGCCGGGCUGCGGGUGGGGCCCUCCCUGACCCCGCUCGGCGGCCGUUAUGCCUGGUGCUGUGUAGCCGCUUUAAGGGCUGAACCCGAAAGAAGCAGGGUCUGGGCGGCAGCGGCCCGGGGGCUCGAGGCCUGGCUCUGCCGAUGGGCUGCGUUGGGUGGGGAAGGGCUCUGGGCGUCUCCUGGUGCCUUCCCGUAGGCUGGGAGUUAUCCUGCCUCGCGAGGGGAUCGCGUCCUUCGGGUUCGCUCAGGGUUCUGGCGGCCACAGUCGGGAAGUGCCAUAGAGACCAGCGUGGAGACACGAGAGGGAUGAGGUUGGCAAAAGAGAAAGUUAUGUAUGAAAAAGAAGCAAAACAGCAAGAAGAAAAAAUUGAAAGAAUGAAAGCAGAAGCAAGUGAUGAUUAUGGAAUUAAAAAGCAGAUAGAGAUCUUGCAAGAAUCUCGAAUGAUGAUUCCAGAUUGCCAACGCAGAUUAGAAGCUGCGCAUGCAGAUCUUAGUCAACUAUUAGAAAAUGAAAAAGAGUUGGAAGAAGCUGAAGAAUAUAAAGAUGCACGUUCAGUACUGGAGUCAGUGAAGUUGGAAGCCUAGAUGUUCUUCAGUACUGUCUUAUGCAUUAGCCUGGGUCCAUUCCACAUUUUUAGUUUGAUCACUGUUGUAUUAUUUAAAGUAGUGUAAGAAUGAUGACUCGCUGAGAUUCCCUUUAUGCAAUUGCAAAUGACUGGCCUUUCUCUAACUUGGAGACAUCAAAUAAAUUACUGUCUGAUACAUUUUUGGUUUUUAUAUUUUGCGUAUGGCUAGAAAACUUAAUUGACUCAAAGUAUCAAAUUGCAAAAAAAACCCAACACCUGUCUUUGAGAUAAAGCUAGGAAUUACUAGUUGGUGAGGAUGAGUUUUCUGUAACAACUUAACAUCUUUAUUAUUAUCCUAAAAUGUGUGAGGAAUGUGGUGACUCAGCAGAUAUUUCCAAAACUACUUAAGUUGGAAAGCAUUUGCCUUAACAAAUUUCUGUUCUAACAGGAAAUAGUUUAAAGCGAUUAAGCCUGCAUAUUCUAACAGGACACUUGUAAUCUAGUAUGUUGUAUAUUUUUACAAACUUGUGUUAUGUAUAUGUAACUUCUCAAAUAUAUAAUGCUCUUUAGUUCUUAUUUUAAAGUACAGUACUAACUAGAAAUGGGCCUAAGACAUUAAAUAAAGAUCUGAUUCCAAACAACCUUUAA